AUGACCGCUUGACAGCCGAUGGUUAAAUCCAGAGGCUCAUCACUGGAGAGAGCCAGCAUGACCGUCGGCUCUGGGCUGCCCGAGUCCACAUCUACUCCAUCAGUAACACAUCCUGCAGACAAACUUCUGCCGCCGGCUGAUGUUACCACGGCAACAGCUCCGCUUCACGUGCCCGAAUCGUUCGGUCCUCGAGUCGGAACUGAGGUCAUCUUACGAAGAGCGCGACAUCAUCAGCUUCCAACCGACGGCGAGAAAAAUGCUGCCACUCGCUCUGGCACCAAGGUCAUUAAAUCAGCGUCUGCCACGGCUCUGUCUGUCAUUAUACCUGCAGUCGAACCGCAUGGCAUGUCUCCAUUGGCCAGUCCCAUGUCUCCUCGCUCCAUCUCAUCCAAUUCUUCGUCUCAAGAUUCAUCUCCGAGUUGUGACUACUCACCAACGGUCAGCGCCCUGAGGUCACCGAUCACAAUUCAGCGUUCGGGAAAGAAGUAUGGCUUCACGCUGCGUGCCAUCAGAGUCUACAUGGGUGACACCAACGUGUACAGCGUCCACCACAUGGUCUGGCAUGUGGAGAGUGGCGGCCCUGCUGAGGAGGCGGGACUUUGUGCCGGUGACCUCAUCACCCAUGUGAAUGGAGAGUCUGUCCACGGAUUGGUCCACACAGAGGUGGUGGAGCUCAUUCUCAAGAGCGGCAGCAAGGUAAUGGUGACCACGACUCCGUUUGAAAACACAUCUAUAAAGAUCGGCCCAGCUCGAAAGCUCAGCUACAAAGCCAAGAUGGCAAGACGUGUCAAGAAGUCCGCUAAAGAUGGACAGGAGAGUAAGAAGCAAAGCUCUCUGCUUCGUAAGAUCACUAAACAGUCCAACUUGCUCCACACCAGUCGCAGUUUGUCGUCUCUGAAUCGCUCGCUGUCAUCUGGAGACAGUCUGCCUGGAUCACCGACACACAACCUAUCUGCACGCUCACCCACACAGACAUACCGCUCACUUCCAGACUCCGCCUACCUCGGCACUUCAUCUCAGAGCAGUUCUCCAGCGUCCAGCACGCCAAACUCUCCCGCCACGUCUCAACACAUGCGGCCGAACUCGUUGUAUGGCCUGUCUCCUAAAUUUCACCGGCAGUAUCGCUCCGCCCGCUGCAAAUCUGCUGGAAACAUUCCUCUGUCCCCGCUGGCUCACACUCCGUCCCCCACUUCCUCUUCCCCUCCACCUAUUGCCGGACACACUGUCGGCAGCUCCAACACCACCCAGGCGUUCCCCGGCAAGCUCCACGCCUCUCCUCCGAUUACGCGGCCACGGCCAAAGAGCGCGGAACCGCCCCGAUCUCCUCUCCUUCAGCGGGUUCAGUCUGCAGAGAAACUUGGACCGCCCACACCGUCAUCAUCCUCGUCUUCCAUGGGCUCGGACCGGAAGGGCGGACUCUGCGUGUCCAUGCGGAAACACGGUCUGGACGUCGUGCACGCGGAAUACCGCCGGGAUUCGUUUCACUGUGAGCAUGCCUUGCAGAGUCUGGUGGAGAUUGAGGGAGAGAAUACGCCCGGGAACCCGCCCUCUCCACCCCAUCAGACUCCUGCUUACAUACCCGGCACGGACGCGAGUCGUAAGACGAGCCAGCUCACGAAGCAAGAUGUAAAAACUGAACCUACAACAACCACUGAUACUGUGAAUGUUAAAGCAAACUUAUCAGACCCUGUCAAGUCCACUGGGAAGGAGAAAGGUGUCGCUAAGUCUGAAAACACAGUCGUUAUCAAUUCUGGAGGAAAAGAAGCAGGCAGGGAUGUAGGAAAGAGUCAGUCUGUCUGUCCGGAUACGUCUGGCAAGACCACAGAUCGGACACCGAUGUAUCAGACCACUGGAGGACAGGAAACUAAACCUAAAAGCCUUCAAACCGAAGAUCCUAAAAGCUCGGAGAAAAGCAAAGAUGCAGGAAAAACCUCUUUAUUGCAAACAACUUCUCCAGAGACCGGCAAGCCAUUUAAACUCUCUCAAAAGGCAGAGGUGAACGUCACAGGGCCUGCUUCAGUCACACCUAAAGUUUUAGGACCACAGGUGUUAGAGGCGGCGUUUGCUCAAUCUAAAUCCACUGAACCAAGGGUUCAAACUCCAACCAAAUGCCCUCAGGAUGAAAGGCGUCAGGAGACUCCUGCUUCUCCAUCUCUAACUGCCCGCUCGCCUUCUGCAAGCAAAUCACGAGCCAGGUCUCCAGGCGACAGGUCUAGCUUUGUGACGCAGCUUACUAGCGUGGCUAAAACUGUAUUGGGACCCAUGAAGUUGGGUUCUCAGGAUAGCGGGAAAGGAAAGGACGGCGGCUCCAAAUCCAGUGAGGACAAGCGAGCCGCCACUUUGGGAAAGUCCGAAGCCUCGUCCGGUAGUCGGCGCGGGUUGACGGGAACCUGGCCCGGCCCUGGAUCCUCAAAAGCAGAAAAAUCAUCUAAGAGCUCUUCGAAGCAUUUGUAAGAUUUCAAACGGGACCCGUUCUCUGUAUUUAUUCAAAAGCAGACCGUUCAAAAGACGCCACAGCCAUCAAACCAAGUGAAAAUUUGCAUGUGCGACAUGCAAAAGAAAAAAGGUGCUUCAAAAUGACUGUUGUCAGAUGUGUUUGUGCAAUGGCUUAUGAAUCUAUGCAUCAUCGUAUGUGGAUGUAGAACAAACCUGUAUGUCUCUCUUGCAUGUUACGUGAAUAUUGUGAACAGAAGAGUCAAAAAAUACGAUGAAGACCUAAUGCUAGUGAAUACUGCACAUUCAAUCUGUAGAGGACUCAUAUCAGUCUGUCAGAUUUAGAAAUGAGGCGUAGUUCAAAUGUUUACGUUAUCAUCUCGCUCCAACAUUAACACUAACCUAAUACCACUAACAGAAAGCUUAACCUGAGAUCUGUAAAUGUUUAAACUGCGAAAGAGAAAAAGCUUUUAAAACCUGAGAUGAGUUUUAGCAAAAGAGAGACAGGUGCUCAUACCUGCUGUUCUUGUUAUAUUUGCACUGAAGAGAUCCUGCAAAAAUUUAUGUGAAAUCAGAUGCACAUCUCUUAUUGUGCACAGUUUAUUAUUUUUAGUCUUUAUCUUUUUCUCUUUUAAUU